AUGUUUAGGACAGAUUAACUACUCUUACUAAACAUCAUGUAUAAAAAAUUGAGGGAGGAGCAAUUAAGUACAGAGAGCAACAUCGCCACUAAGGACUGAAUCUUUCAUAGAAGUGGUACUGCUUUUUGCAUAUUUGAUUUAAUUUGUUGUGAUUAACGUGGCAUGCAUGACACUAAAGUCAUCAUCUUAGUGCGCAUAAUUAAUGUAAGUAGUAUAUAUAUAUUGUACCCGAUCUAUCCCCAUCACGGAUAUCCUACUUAAAAAUCUUAAAUGCGUUCGUUGCUAGAUGCAUCUUAAGGUUUCUCUCCUGAUCAAGGCUUUGAGAGAACUUUUAUAGACAUCUGCAGACAUGAUGGAGAGAUGCCUCGUGCUAGGUUUGAUUGGUUGGUUGGUUGGUAGAAACUAGAAAGUGAGUGAGAGGUGGAGAGAUGAAAUGUACUUGUUGCAAGAGGUGGAGAAGAAGACACCAAUCAUAAAAGAAAGGAGGAGCUGACCUAGUUGUGGCCCCCCUCUAACACUGAUCAAUGAACAAUCAAUCAUGGACAUAGAUAGAUCACGGUUACCUUUGCAAAUAGCUUUUAGCCAAGAUCAGAUGGUGGCGUCCAAUCUUGCUAGGUCAUUCAGCUAAUCUCACCCCCUUCUCUGAAUUUUCUCAUCAUUCUUGUAUCUUUCUUGAUGCAACCAUCGAUCCAACCAUCCUCUGAAUCUCUGAUACUACUAUAUUUUUCUUUGGUCGAUCUGCGAGAUAGGCCGCAAUGGCGUCGUCGUCUUCGCUGCCGGAGAUCGUGAGCUUCUCGCCUGAGUCCGACGGAUCGUCGUCGUCGUCGGCACCUCUGAUCGGCGGCGACGGCGAGCUCGUCGUGCAGCUGGUGCCGCGAGACGUCUCUGAUGGGAUCCUGGGCAAGUUCGCGGACACCAGCGAGUUCGACUUCGACUACGACCAGAGCGGCCUCUGGUCGCCGCUGGUGCUGAGGCCGGAGGUCCUCCUGCUCGCGCAGACGCCGGCCGGGCGCCGCCGCCGCCGCCACCACCACCGCCGCCGGUGGAAGCGGAAGAAGAUGCUCUGCUACUGCUUCUGGUGACAUGAAAUUGGUAUUUUGGCAUCAUUGGCUUGGCUUCUUCUCGAGUGCAGAAUUGCGUGCUUAAUGAUGGAGUAGGUAUCUAUGCGAUGCAACAGAAGAAAAAAAAGGGGGUCAAUACUCCAACACAAGAGGGUGUCCAAUCCACGCAUGUACUGCCAAAACAUUGUGAAAUACUUUUUUUUUGGUACCUGAUGCUCUGUAAUUACCAUUGAUUUCUUUAACAGCUUUACUGUUUUUCCAUGUGAAAUUUAUUGAUGCAUCGUGCGUGUACUGAUCUAAAGAAGACAAAUGUUGUAGAAUUACUUCGCAUCAUGCGUACCACGUGUUAAUUUUCAGCCUUUUAGUUAGAGGAAAUUAAGAACAUGAAUGGACUGUAUAUAUCUGCAUGAUAUCUAGAUGGACAAAGAAGCGGAAAAUAAGCUUCUUUGUAGAAUUGUAAUCUCUCCGUUUCACAAUAUAAAUCAUUAUAGCAUUUUCCA